AUUAAAUACUAGAAAACUUCGAUUAUACCACUUUUCCUCAUCAACACUUAGUUUUUGUUUGUUCGCUCUACUUUCGCUGGUCGGCCAUUUAAGCCAACUGAUUGUUGUGACUGCGAUGUAUCCUCACAAUCCUUAUUUUGGGAUAGCUCCUCAGUAUUAUGGAUUUGUUGGUAUUGCUCCUAUGGCACCUAUGGCCAUACCACCACCACCUGUGGCCACUAUUCCACCCGUGAUUACGACACCAGCUGCUACUGCAGUUGUGGCCGCAGUUCCUGAAAUUCCUUUGCAAUACGUUCGAGAAAAGCCUCCAGUCACUACAGUCUUCGUUGGCAAUAUUGCUGAGUGUGCUCCAGAUCAACUCAUCAAGACGUUACUAAUGCGAUGUGGGAAUAUUCUUAGCUGGAAACGAGUUCAGGGGGCGUCUGGUAAACUCCAGGCCUUUGGGUUUUGUGAGUAUGAAGACCCUGAGUCUACAAUGAGGUGCGUACGUCUCCUAAAUGGAUUUAAAGUAGGACCUAAACCUCUACUGGUUAAAGUCGACCCUAAAACUGAGGAUUUGCUGAAUGAAUAUAGAAAGAAGAAAGAAAAGGUUGGUGAAGAGGGAACCUUAGGAGCAACUUCUGAGGAAGUCGAUCAGUCAACUCAGCGCGAUGACGAAACCGUAAAAGCGGCACUCGAAAAUAUUAUAGCAGAAAGUGCUUCCUUAUUGGAAGAUGAAAACGGUGGUAAAAAACAAGAUCUUCACCUGGAGGGACCACGCCACCUUACUAUUGAAGAUAUGGACCUUGACAGUGACCGUAAAGACCUGAUCAAUCGUGAGAUCGAGAGCUUUCGGAAGCGAAACGAGAAGGAAGAUCAAAAUGAUACCAAGCAACCACGCUCAAAAGUUUCAAAUUCCGGGCGUCCGGGGCUAACAACCAUGCAAAUAUAUUCGGCGUAUGCUGAACGCGUUGAGCGGGAAUAUCGUCGAGAGAGGACCCGCAGAAGUAGAAGCCGCUCAAGUUCGUUGGCUUCCAGCCGGUCGCGUGGACCAAUAACUAGUUCUUUUGUGAUAUCCAGUAAAGAUAUUGAUGAGGAAGAAGAGGCGAUCAAAAAAAAGUUAGAGAAAAAGCUUCGUGAGAAGGAAGAGUCAUAUCAAAAGAGAUUAAAACAAUGGGAGGUGCGUGAGAGAAAGAGAGCGAAUGAAUACGAGCACGAGAGAGAGCACGAAAAGAAGCGACAACGUGAAUUACAGAUAGAGGCACAGAGAUUAAAGGAGUUUUUUGAAGAUUAUGAUGACAAUAUUGAAGAUCCCAAGUAUUACAGAGGAAGUGCACUUCACCAGCGUUUAAAAGACCGUGAAGUUGAAGAAGCUGCCGAUGACCGUGAUCGACAAAAGGAGGUUGAGCAGCUUGAAACAGCUAGACGCAAGCUAAUUGAAGAGGGUGAUCCAAAUGCGGAGUCAAUUAUUUUUCAAAUGGAGCAAAAAAUGCAGGAGCAUCUCAGGAAGUGUUUACACCUCGAUGGGGAUAUGUCUAUUGACUCUAUUGAAGACAACAAUCAAUGUGUUGAGCCGGUUAGUCAGAAUAUGUCGAACGCUGAAAAUGAGUCUAAAGACACCGAGUGUAUGGUUAAAUCACUUGAAACCAACAAUUUAUCACCAGCGCGCAACGGUGUCACCUCAGAGUUCGAGCCCGCUGCCCCCGAGGAGACAGGCGUCAGUAUGCUAAAGGAUGGUACCAACACCUUUUUAUUUUCAAUGAGCACAGGUAAUUGCGGUUAAAAAUUUUGAUCUGUCUGCUAUUGAUCUUGUUAUAUUUUAGUGCUUUUAAUUCAUAGUUAUGCCUAAUAAAUUUAAGGCAUACUCUAUGCUGUUAAUCAUAAUCAUUUUUAAAGCAUUAUUCACAAAUUCAAGUAGACCGUAACAUCAUGGCACAGUGAAGAAAAUUGGAAAUGGUGGAAGCCUGCAUCCUAGGGUGAAGGCGGUAAGUUGUAUAUGUCCAUCCAAAAUCUGAAUCCAGCUGAUAAGACUUGAUGACUGCAUGCAUUUUCCUCGUUGACGGAGCAAUCAGUUUGCUUAUAAUCGUCAGGGAGACUGUUGCUUUGGGAUGUAAGUUCAUUGUGAAAGUUAUUAUUAUUAUUGUUAGCUCUUGAUGGAAAUUUUCAGUACCCUGACAUGGAAAUGAAUUCAUUUUCUGGCACAUACGCUUAGGAUUUCGAUAAGUUGCCGGUGAAGUUUCUUCUACUGUGUACACGAGAAAUGUACGCUAGAAGGAUGCUACAUUAUGAGACUGGACUCAGAAAUCGUGAAUAGCUAGUCACCUUUGACCUUACUAUAAGGUUAGAUACUUUGAUGCUUCUCAAUAAAAGUAAGUGUUCAGAUUUUAAAUGUAUCUCUUGAUGUCUUUUCAUACGUGGAACUGCAGUUUCAGUCGCUUAGAUUAUCUGUUUUCUUUUUGUGUGACAGCUACAGACAAACCAUAAAAUGUCUGUGCUACCUAUUAGUGUGCUUGUUUUUGAUGUGAUUCGAUCCUCCAGUUAAUCUUAUGAUUCUCCAACAGUGAUAUUAAUUUGACGAAUUUUGACGGUACUGUACACUUAAUGGGAAUAUCGUGUUUAAUUUCCAAUUAUUUUUUUUGGAAUUCUUACUAAGUAGUUGAACCGGUAGUCCGUAAAUCUGCGUUAGCUUUCACUGAUGAGGAUCAAGAUGAAAAGCCAAAGAAGCAUGGCCUUUCGUGGUUGCCACCGUCAGCUUUAAAAGCUAACUCCAUGACUAAUAAUUCUAAUGGUACUGAUGCGGCUCAGAAUGAUCCCAGCAAUCUACCUCCGGUCUCCGCGUUAUCAACAGAAGAAAAGAAAGCCAUUAUCAAGAAGAUUAUUGAGGGAAUUCCUACUCAUAAGAGAGAGUUAUUUGCCUAUCCUAUCGAUUGGGACAUGGUUGAUGCGGAAUUCGUAAACUCCCGAAUAAAGCCUUGGGUAGAUAAGAAGAUUGUUAGUUAUAUUGGUGAAGCUGAAGCUACCUUAUCCAACUUUAUCUGUGAUCAAUUGCUACACCACAACCCACCAGAACGUAUCCUCGCUGAUAUAGCUAUGGUAGGUAGUGCUGCAUAUAUAUGUUAUUUUUAUUCUUGUUAAUUCUUGUUUUUUAAAAUUUUUUAUCGCUUAUGAUGGGAUUAAGUCACUUUGAGGUUCUCAUGGGAACACUACUUUGUUUAGAAAGACAAUAAAAGAUUUUCGAUGAAACCAUUCCACUUGAAAGACACAACGACAACAGUCUGAGUCUUCCAAUACCAGUGAAUCAUGGAAUACGUUAAGGAUUUACGUUUUUCUUCUUAUGUAUAUACGCUGGACAUAUUGCAUGUGUUUUCUGCGGAGAGCUUCGUUCUCCUAUCUUU